GGGUUACGAUCAACGCAGAGUUAUAGGAGAGAUUGCUCAACGCUUAUGGAUGGGGCUUCAAAAUCGCAGUGGCAGCGCAUAAAACUACGAUGGCGGCCUUCCCUCUCGCAUUACACUUGUUUGCAAGGAGGACCUUGUCAAUUUCUUGGACUACCGCCGCUGAGAUUAUUCAUCGUCCCGUAGUGAACCUUGGAUCACGUCCUUUAUCGACCAUGGCACAAGCCUUCAAAACCUACGAGGUAGUUCCUGAUGUGAUUGAUCAGGUCCCACCGGCAGUUGUCCAGGUUACGUACGAGAAUAACCUCAAAUUUGAGACUGGCAAGGCGCUCACUCCUACCCAAGUGAAGAAUAAGCCAGAUGUAAAGUGGAAUGCUGAAGCUGAUGGAUUUUACACUUUGUGUAUGACCGAUCCUGAUGCUCCGUCUCGCAAGACUCCAACGUUCCGUGAGUGGCACCACUGGCUAGUUGGAAACAUUCCCGGGAACAAAAUAUCAGAGGGUGAAGUCCUCUCGGACUACAUCGGCUCAGGACCUCCUAAGGACACGGGCCUUCAUCGUUACGUUUUCAUUGUGUACAAACAACCUGGAAAAUUGGCGUUCAACGAAAAACGCUUGACCAACAAGAGUGGUGAGGGCCGUGGAAAAUUCUCUAUCAGGAAAUUCGCGGAGAAGUAUCAACUGGGUCAACCCAUUGCUGGAAAUAUGUACCAAGCAGCAUGGGAUGACUAUGUCCCAAUCCUGUACAAACAGCUUGGGGAAUGAGCUCCACUAUUCCAUUCAUUUCUUUUAUUAUUUUUUUAAAAAUUCUUCCUGAGUCACAAUAAUCGUGAUUUUUUGUCCAUUGUAUCUGUUGGUAAUAAAGCUCUGUUCGGUUGUGCACCGAAA